CCGAAGCUUUCGAAGCAAAUUUUUCAGAGGAUAUCAGAGGGAUUCAUGCUCGAAUUUUUCAGGUAAUAACAAAUGGAAUUUUUUAAAGAACUUAGAGAACUCUGGGGUAACCAGGGUAGGGAAGAGGAAGAGGGUGUUAUGUCCAUGGAGCCUAUCGCCAUGAUAGUGUCGUUGGAACUGCAAGAUUUGCCAAAAACCUUGACGCCUAAGAGCAGUGCCAAUUCGAGUGAACAUGAGGGCUUUGGUGGUCGUCAUUUUUCGCCGUCUGAAGGGUUGUCAUCAGAAAGGACUCCAGGUGUUGGAGCAGGUGUGGGGGAGGGCAUAAGUAGCCCUUUGCCAAAAAAUGUGGACGUGGAUGUGAAUGUGCCUGUGGUUGCAGGUCAUACUUAUAUGAACUACCCCACAUUAACGCCUGACGACCUGGCACUUAAAGGCAAAAUAAUGGAUUAUGUAGGGGCAAAGGGGUUAGUUGAUUUGGAGGCGUUGGUUACCCCUGAGGCGCUCGUUGUGCAUGAGUUUGUGGAUGUCGCAAACCUAUUUAGUGAAGGUGCUAGGUCUAGCAUGCAUAGGCAGACGCGCUUUAACGAGCGACGGCCAGUAUCUCCACCUCGCAGCUCGUCACAAAGAGAGCGAGGCUCUAGAUCGACUUCAUGGCCACACGCCGAGUGUAGAGUUGAAACCAUUUAUGCUGAAUCUUGGAGGCAUGCUCGCGAAGACUCUGAUGUUGAGGAUGACGUGCCACUGAUUCGACGCAGAUUGAAUUAUGGGACUCAAUCUGGUGCGAAUUUUGUUCCACCUGCAGACCGUCAAUGUGCCAAGGGUUACAUUCAGCAGCAUGGGAGUCAUGCUACUAUGCUAAAGCUAAUGGAUAACCACGAGCUGAAUGACUCUUUUAAGCGCUUGACAUCUGACAAGACAAGCUUGGAAGAUGAGGUCAAUCGCUUACAAAACUCAGAGAUGGCCAAUAGGGCUGCAUUAGCUGAGAGCCGAGCUAAUGAGCUGGCCAACAAGGUCAACCGGCUGAAGGAGGAACUGGAGAAAGCUCAGGCCGAAAAGAAGAGCGGGAUCCAAGCUACUAAGGACGAGGAUGCCGUAGCUGUGGCUACCAUGAACACCAUGACGGAGAUCUAUAAUGAUGUCUGUGGAAAAGUAUUGAAGCAUCGAUCAGACUUUCCAAUAGGCGAGCUGGUGUUUUUUGAGGGUAAAGAGUUCGACGAAGAGGGUAAGAGCCUUGCUUCCCCCGUUGAUACCACUGUGUGGCUUAGGUGGGAGUUAAACAAAGAUGGAGUGCCUAUAUGGCGUCCAUUGGUUUUGGAAGAGGGGCAGGAUUUUGAGAACCUGCCUAGGUUCAACUCUUGGGUGGGGGACGCACCUGGAGGAAGCUGAACCCUUUAGCACUCCACCUGCACCUCAGCUCGCCACCACUGCUACUAUUCCUUCUCCAGCUCGUGCUGACGCAUUUGUUUCCGUUGAUUUAACGGAUGAUUAUGAUUUAGGCUUUAUCUUUUUCUUUUGAAUUUUUGGUGUUAAUAUAUCCAUGUCUAUGAC